UCACACCCCCAACGAUAAGUUCAUUACCCGGAAACACACCGCCUGCGGCCCUUGUUUUAGCCCCUCACACAUGAACCUCGUGUCGUUUUUUUGACCAAAUAUCAACACUAGCACUCGCCACUCAAAUUCUACAAAUACUCGAUCCCCAUCCAUCUCAGUCCCCAAAUUGCCCCCCUCCCCUUCGACCUCCAAACCCUAGGAAACCCUAGAAGCGGCCAUGGCCACCGCCUCCUUCUCCUUCCUCUCCGACGACAUCGUCCUCAACAUCUUCACCAAUCUCGAGUCCGACGACUGGGCUCGCCUCUGCUGCGUCUCCGCUCGCUUCGCCGCCCUGAUUCGCUCCAUCCUUUGUCGAAUCCAAAGUGCCUCCGGUGAUCCCGCUGACUUCGUCACGCCCGCCAUCGUCUCCUCAGCCUCCGGCGAGCCCGCGGCGGCUGGUCCGCCCCACAAGCUCUCCGUCUGCUGCCCCGGCCUCGUCCACGCCGGCGUCCUCCUCGAGAUCGACUUCGGCCUCGAGCGCGACAUCGGCCCGCACGAGAGCUACCGCGUUGUCACCCUUGCGUCGUCGUCGUCGUCGUCCUCCGAUCCCUCGGCGGCUGCCGGGGCGAGUCCUCCAUCGGUUGGCUGGUCUAUGUUCGAUGAUCUCUACUCCGACACGGUGUACGAUUCCUCGGAAUCCCAGCUCCCUGCCCCCGCCGUCAGCAGCGAUCAAGAGCCGAUCAGGCUGGGCCGAGACGUAAUGAAGAGGAGGAGGCAGUGGAUUGGGCCUGUUAACUCCCAUAUGGCCUCUGGAGCUUGGAGUUUCAGCAGGGAGCAGGGGAACAAGAUCCUCGCCAGUCGAUUCCGAGGGGAUUACCUGUACAUUUGUGAUUGGCCUGGGUGUGUUCAUGCUGACGAGAAGAGGAAGUACAUGUUGUUUAGGGGGGUAUUCAAGAAUUUCAAGAGGUCGAGGGUUUGGAGAGCCAUAAACGAUGCCAAGCGAAAGGAACUUGGGUUGGGCUGUGGGUAUUGUGGGUGCAGAGAGACUUAUGAUCUUCUCUCUGCCUUUUGUUUGAGGAGGGUUUUCGGGUAUCAUGAUGACGGAGAGCCUGUGGUGCGUGCGUAUGUCUGUGAGAAUGGGCAUGUUUCGGGGGCCUGGACUGAUAAGCCCAUGUACACAUGAGGUUGUGGCGCUGUGAUAUGAGCGGGAAGCAUCCCUGCAUAAUUGUCUGGUUGCAUCUGUGCUGUAUCAGGUGAGCAUUGUCGCAGAUACUGGGGGCUGUUCGAUGCAGGCACUUUGAUGAAGGUUAGGCUCCCUCUAGGCUAUAUCCAUUAUGGACCCGGGUCCUAUACAUCGUGACGUUUUGUACCUCCAGGAGAGUCAUUGUUCGCAUCAUAUUGGCAUGGGACAGCCCGUACAUCACCAUGGUCGAUCAUUUACAAAGUCAUUCAGCUUAGGUCAUUAAGGACGAGAGAGUCCUAGAGCUGAUAACGCAGGUCGGGUUCCGGGAGUGUUCUGUAGUGCGAUAUAUUCGGCUUGAUUGGCCGCUUAUCAGUGCACUGAUUGAGAGGUGGAGGCUAGAGACCAACACUUUUCACAUGUAUAUAGGGGAAUGUACCAUCACACUACAGGAUGUAGUCGUCAUACUUGGGCUCCGCAUUAACGGCCUGGCAGUUACGAGCAUCGACGACCAUAAUUGGGUUGAGGUAUGUGAUAGGCUUCUUGGACAGGUUCUAGAUUUGAGGAGUGGUGCGAUGAAUCUAUCGUGGCUUCGCCAGGCAUUUCAGGGAGAUAUACCAGCAGAUGCCUCCAUUGAGACGCUUCAUUAUCACGCUCAUGCGUACAUAUUGCAUAUGAUAGGGUCGAUGCUAUUUCUUGAUGCGAGCAAGACCCUUGUACAUGCACGAUGGCUUCCACUCCUAGAGGAUCCGGAUGUAUGCCGCGCACUAUCGUGAGGCAGUACGGUGUUAGCAUACUUGUAUAGAGAACUGGGUAGAGUAUCUUUGAUACAGAAUAAAGAAUUCAAGGGAUGAUGCACGUUGAUCUAGAUUUGGUCUUGGAAGCGCAUUCACAUUGGACGUCCUACUUUGGUUGUGCACCACAACCUACAGGGCCAAUUUCCUUUGGCAUACAGGUAUAAUGUGCGGUUCGUUAAAUACAAAUAUGCGACGCGGCAUCGUGAGUUUUACAGAAAUGAGCUUGAUGUCCUCCAACAUGAACAUUUCAAGUGGAGACCUUAUUCACUACCGGAUUUUGAAAUGCAUACUCUUGUACCUAUAUGUCGGGAUAGUCCCGAUUUGUGGAGAGUCAGAGUUCCAUUGAUCUGUUGGGAGAUCGUGGAUAUGCAUGUCCCUGAUCGUGUGCUAUGCCAAUUUCUGCAUUCUUAGCAUGUGCCGGAUUCUGUUGAGGUGAUCAAUCGUAGGUGGCGACCUACAUCGCAUCGGACCGACUGGGUCGUACUCCGUGAGGACUAAAUAGACCGAUGGACGCACAUGUGGGAUUUCAUACAGAAUGAGAGAGACACAGUUGUUGACUAUACCGCGUAUAUGCACUGGUAUUGGGAUAUCACGCGUAGAUGGAUCACGCGUGACCCACAACCAUCCGUUGGAUACGUGGCACGCCCACCGACAGACAAUUACUACCUAGUGGGAUGAACGAGAGAGAUUACGUCGCAGCUUUUGAUGAUAUUGAAGCUGAUAUUGAUGUGUAUAUGCCUGAGUUUUAGGAUCUGACGAUGAUGUUAGGGUUCCUCUGCUGGAUCAAGAAGAGAAUAGCCCAGGUGUUUCAUAGGACUCACGUCGACGAGUUUGCAAGUCGUGAGGACAGGUCGCGAUCAUUUGGGCAAGUGUACACACGACGACGUAGGACACGUGACGAUGGAGCAGACACUUCUCAUGCUGAUGGAGCCGACACUUCUCAACCUUAUACACAACCGGAUACUCAGAUAAUCGAGGUCCAUCCGUAGGAACGUAGGGGGCGGGGAAGAGAGGGAGAGGAAGGAGAGGAGGAAUUACGGGUUGUAUGUGAUCUUAUUUUGUUGAAAUUUGUAACUUUUAUGAAUUUGCAAAUCAAUAAUUUUGUAGAUCAAUUAUUGUUUAUA